AUGAGCUUAUUGUUGUCAUUUUUCUUAUAUACAAUACUAACCAAUUUUUCUUUUGUUAAAGCGAUUGGUGAGUUCUGUUUUCUCAAGCGUUUUUUCUUGACUAGUUUCCAGGCGGUACACCUAACUUCAAUUUCAAUCAACCUGUUGAUAUUAGUGAUCGAACGCCUUGUUGUGUAGAUCGACUAACAACUUUGACAUGUGGAAGAAUGAAAUUGAAUAAUAUUUCGCGGUUUAAAAAACGAUGCAAUUCAGAUCCUGAUUUUGCAAUGAUUCAAUGUUGUGCUACAUGUUUUGAUAAACGCUUCCCAGAUAGUGCUUUGAAAUAUAAUCUACUUGUUCGGAGGCAGUUAGAAGAUCCUAUGAAAUCUACGUGUACGGAUCGAAGAGGCGGAAAAUGGUGUAAGAAAAUGGCCCAAAGGUUAGUAGAGGAAUUAAUUUUGGAUUUUCGCAACUAUGGCAAAAUUAUAUUUCUGCGUGAUGAUUUUUUCGAAAAAUAAUGUGUGGUAAUUUUUACCCAUUUAGCAAUUUAUAAAGUUUCAAUUUCUAAUUUUCUUCCUAUAAAAACGUCUCGAGAAUAAUUUUUUAUUCAUGAUAGUUCUGAAACUCGAGAAAUAGGAAACUCAGAAAUGAAAGUGGAAUUUUUUUUUGGUCAUUUUUUGUGAAAUUAAAGUACAGAAAAUCCGCGAUUAAUUUGAUCAAAAAAUCUAUUUUUCAUUUUUUUUUCAAAAAAAUCUGAUUGUCACCAGUUUCAGUUUCACCGAGGAUUCUGCUCUGAACAGUGUUGGUGGAUGUGGCGCAUUUUCUUCCGCAUUUCGAGAAUGUCGAAAUACUUGCGGCUACUGUAGUGCUACUAUGCAAUUGACUGUGGUGAAAUAUGAUUAUCGAUUAGCGACUAGUCCGAAAAGAUGUGAUAUUAAAACCUAUUUUGCAAGAACUGAUGAUGAGUUGAGGAAAAAAUACGCAGUAAAUAAAGGUGAGAACUUUUCGAAAAUAGUUUAGAGAACAUUCUGAGAAAAAUAACAAUGAAAAACAUCUGAUUUCAGUUUCAGAGAAGAAGUUAGCGAUCAAUACAAUUUUUGAAAAUAAAUUCAAGAGGUAAAAGGCGGCUUCAAAUCAACCAAAACCUACAUUUUCAGAGUUCGACCCAUUGGCAAAACUAACUUGGAAACGACCGAAAAACAACGAUUAUUUCGUGGUAGAGGACCACAAUUAUGAUGAUUUUUUGUGACUAGAAUAAACAUUUCAAAAUAAAUUGAUAAAAUAUGUACAUGUGUAUAUCAAAAUAAAAAAAUUAUAAAAAUAUUGAUUGAGAGUAGAAAGGGAAAAGACAAUAGAAGUAGCAGGCAUACAACUAAAAAUGAUAAAAUUAUCGGAUGGUAGACAAAAAAGUACUUUGUGUAUGUUUGUGUUUUGUGUUGCUCUUGGCUUUGAUUUGAUCUCUUAUCAAUUGUUGUUUUUCUGCUAUUCUUUUGUUUGUUGGAUUUGAUCAAAGAAUAUGAUCUCUUAUCAAUCAAAAAAUUGACAGAUUUCAGAGACAUUGGGAGAAUGGGAAACUAAUUUGAUUUGGGAAAGUACUUCAGAAAUUGUAAGAAUAUUAUGGUGAUUUUGAUUGACGGAAACUGAUUCAAAGAAAUUUUUCGAACUGAAAAAUUCAAUAGACUAAUUCAAGAAAAUCAAAACAAAUCAACGUUGACUACACUCAUUUUGUGAAACAGAAAAUUCUCAAAUCAUAUUUGUUUUUUUAAAAGAUCACAACUCAAUGACAUUUCGAGAAAAUUCUCUUGUGUAAUUACAGGUUUACACUUUGAAUUUUUCAAUGCUUUCACAAAACGUGAUAUCAGAUUGUUGGCUUUGAUAACUAUAAUUAACGGAAAAGAGUACGGUAGUUCACUAAUGGAAUUUGUUGACAUCUUGGAGAAUAAACUUUGUACUUUUUGCUAGGUUGUUUUGCAGAUGACACGUGGGCGAGGAAAACAAUCCGAAGACAGGAUACGACUUCUGACAUAAAAACGAUCCAUCAAAAUAUGGAAAAACGCUUGAUUGAAAUGAUGAGCAAAAAAAACCAAAACCAAAACAAAACAAAAAAAAAACAGUAUAAAAAUAAACUGCCUUCUGAUUUUUUCACUCAAAAAUCAAUUCAACUGGCGGAAUUUUGAGAUUUUUGAAUGAUUCAUAAUAAUUUUCUCAUUAUUUUUUUUUACAAUUUUUCCACAAUCUGACAGUUUAGCCAUUUUUUUUUGUUUUCGAAUCAAAAAUGUGAUGACUCAUAUUUUAUUCCUCUUUGGAAAAUGUUAUGAAUGGUUUUCAGAUUUCGUCAAACCCUUUAAAAAAAUUCUAGAUUCUACUGAUUCAUCCCAAAAGUCAGAAAUAGAACAACCGAUUUGAGGAACUCCUCAUACUCAUAUUCAGAUUUAUUUGCUAUCUGAUAAUUAGCUAGCCUAUUCUCUAAAAGUCUUCAAAUAUUCAGGAUCAAGUUACCUAUUCAGGAUCGUGAAUAAUCGUAUAGUAGCUGAAAAAAUUUUAAGAAAAGUGGAAUAAAAUGAAUUCUCCGCCGCUCGCAGCCCUUUUAAACAAAAAUUGUACUAGUAAUGGCAUUUUCUUAUGAAAAAAACUAUGCGCUAAUUACUAUACGAAAUACAAAUUUGCCCACGGAUUUUCUGCAAAUGCGAAAAGUUCAAAGAACCACCUUUUUUUGCAUGAAACUGAUAAAUCGAUAAUUUUUCGGUCAUUUAUCCUGUUUUUUAUUAUCUUCCUUUAUUGUAUCAACCAAAUAGCCAACCUGUCCAUUAUUACGUGGAUUUUCGAUUAUUUUUUUUUGACUUGAUAUUUUUUUGUUAUUGUUGUUGUAAAAACAAAUGUAUUGCAUAAUAUUGUGAUUUCCCAAAAAAUCAAUAUAUAUCCUUGUUUUAUUCAUAAAAAACAAAGAGGGGAGAGUAUAAAUGUUAUCAUUCAUUCACAACCUCUGUUAUCGUUUUGUUUUGUCCAACUUUUUUUAUUUUGUUGAUAAUGGUCAUUCAUUCAUUUGUAUAUAGUUUUUCGCUGUAAAAUUUUUCAAAUUACGAAUUCAUUGUUGUUUUUUCCAGAUAUAUAAAUAUAUAAAAAUGAAAAUCGGAUUCAUUGGAGCUGGAAAAAUGGCACAGGCUUUGGCCAGAGGAUUGGUGAAUUCCGGAAGAAUCACAGCUGAAAAUAUCAUCGCAAGUUCGCCGAAAAGAGAUGUCAAAUUUCUGGAUGAAUGCAAGGCUUUGGGCUUGAACACAACUCAUGAGAAUGCGGAAGUUGUGCAGAAAAGUGAUGUGAUUUUUUUGGCUGUUAAACCGGUUCAUGUUAGCAAGGUAAGAGAACAUCUGGAGUGAAAUUUAAUGAGUUUUUUUUGGGAAAACAUGUGUUUUUUCUAGGUGACUUCGGAAAUUGCUCCAGCUCUUAGCAGAGAACAACUCGUUGUAUCGAUUGCUCUUGGAAUCACUAUUAGAAAUAUUGAAUCGGUAUGUUUUUUUUUUAAAUUUGUAUGAAAAAGUAGGUUUACCUUGCAUUUUUUAUCAAAUUUUCAGCAGAAAGUUCCAUUGACAGUUCAUUUUUUCCAGCUUCUCCCAACGAAAUCUCGUGUUGUUAGAGUUAUGCCAAACACUCCUUCAGUUGUUCGAGCUGGAGCAUCUGCUUUUGCCAUGGGUUCAGCGUGUCGAGAUGGAGAUUCAGAACUUGUCAAGGAAUUAUUGAGCACUGUUGGAUUUUCAGUUGAGGUUCCCGAAAUUCUCAUUGAUCCGGUCACCGGUUUGUCUGGAUCUGGACCAAGCUAUGUGAGUUUUUUUUUCAUGAUUUUUAUAUAGAUUUGUGAAUUCGUAUUUUCAAAAUAA